CUAAAAACGUUGUCUAGUUAACCUCGCUAAAAUCACGUAGAUAAAUUAACACAGCAAGCAAUUCUAAACAAGGUUACCUUAACUCAUCAAUAAAAGAGACCCUGACAGUAACAAAUUUCAAUCAAAAUGAAGCUUGUAACGGUGUUCCUAUUCGCGUUCCUCCGCAACGGUGUGCUUUUAGAUCCUGCGAUACCUUCAAAAGAGGAUCAAGCGAACGUAUUAAAAUGCCUCGAUGAAGUCUUCCAAGCAAUCAGAGUGCUCGUUAAUGAGGAAGGUGGCGUAACAGAUACGUCGUCCGUAAUCGAUAUACAGCACAUGGUAGUUCAGGCGAUGAAUUAUUUACUGCUCGUCGAGGAGUUGACCUUAUUAAAGUUAUCGACGACGCCAGCGGAAAAUUCCACGUGCAAAAGCAACGCGAGGCACCUCGUGGAGAAGACGGUCGUAGAAGGGGAGGAACAAUUGCAAGCUUGUCUAGAUCAAGCCCUCGGUGUUAUUUACAAUAAUUCGCGGUCGGUUCGGACCACGGUCAGUGAGGCGAUGAAUAGAGGGGAUGGUUUUCUGGACGCCUUGAAUAAGUGCGCCCAUAAACCGGCACUUCAGAUGGUUUCCUGCUAUAAGAAGCUUAUGGUUACCGAUGUGUUCCCGCUGAAGGUAGUCCUCGUGAACGCACUCGACGUACAUAAGUCGGCACAUUUUGACUCGAUUUCGGCGAAACAACGGAGCAUCGAAUGCGUCGACGACGUCGUGGCGAAGCGGAGGGACAAAGUUGAGCAGAUACUGAAUGAUGCUCUUAAAACUUGCGUUUGA